UGGUUUUACAAUAAUAGAAAUGGAAAGAAAAUCCCAAGAAAAUAGUCACAGUAAAUUCAAUAAUAAUGAGGUACUCGACAAGUAUAGAAAGGUCUUUACGUGUCGUUUGCAUGUGUUAUCGCAUUCGGACAGAGCAGAGAAGAUAGUGGGAUUUAUUUGGUGCCUAAUUGAGUUUGCAGUUGCAACACUUCUGUCCUCAAGAUUUGCUACUUCUUAGAAUUACAUAGAUAGAGACACAGAUUUUUUCUAGUACGUUUGUUUUCAUCGUGUGUCAAACACAUUUCCCUUGUUGGGUGGUCGGAAAAAUGGACGACAAGUCGGAUUCCGGUCAAAAGGCGUCGCUGCUGGGAAGCGGUGGACGUAGUCGGCGGCUUAGUCGGAGAAACUCGUACAACACCCUCGUAAACGACUUCGUUUCGAGGCUGCCGAAUAAGGUCCGAGCUGGUCUUGACCCCGAGUCGCCAGACGUCAUCAACUGCUCACGUGCCUCCGGAUUAACCGAAGGAGAGAAGGAAUACUAUGAACAGCAAUUUGCAACCCUUAAAUCCUUUGAAGAAGUUGACGCUAUAGUUUCCUCUGACUCCAUUGAUGAGGAAGAUCUUGCUGAACAAUUACAACAUGAAAGAGCAAUGAAGAUUUCCAACUAUGCAAAUAUAGUUCUCUUGGCGCUUAAGAUCUAUGCUACUGUAAAAAGUGGGUCCAUAGCCAUUGCUGCUUCAACACUAGAUUCGUUACUAGAUCUCAUGGCGGGUGGCAUACUCUGGUUUACUCACCUGGCAAUGAAGAACGUUAACAUCUACCACUAUCCUAUUGGAAAAUUGAGGGUGCAGCCUGUUGGUAUAAUCAUCUUUGCUGCUGUCAUGGCUACACUUGGGUUUCAGAUAUUGAUCCAGGCCUUAGAACAGUUGAUUACAGCUGAUCCCACUGAACAGAUGACCUCAGAUCAAUUGGCGUGGUUGUAUGGAAUCAUGUUGUUUGCCACUGUGGUAAAACUUGCACUGUGGCUCUAUUGCAGAACCUCAGGAAAUAAGAUUGUCCGUGCCUAUGCAGAGGAUCAUUAUUUUGAUGUGGUAACAAAUGUAGUGGGGUUAGUUGCUGCUGUACUUGCUGAUAAGUAUUAUUGGUGGAUUGAUCCUAGUGGUGCUAUUAUCCUUGCUCUAUACACGAUCAUAAACUGGUCCAAAACUGUCAUGGAAAAUGCAGUUUCGCUUGUGGGACAAUCUGCCCCUCCUGAAUUCCUACAAAUGUUGACAUAUGUUGUCAUAAGGCACCCUAAAGUGAAGCGUAUUGACACAGUUCGUGCUUACACAUUUGGUGUUCUUUAUUUUGUGGAGGUUGACAUUGAACUCCCAGAGGAUUUGCCCUUGAAAGAAGCACAUUCCAUUGGAGAGACCCUCCAGAUAAAACUUGAGAAGCUUCCAGAAGUUGAGCGAGCAUUUGUUCAUCUCGACUUUGAAUGCGACCACAAACCAGAGCACAACGUACUCGUCAAGCUUCCAAACAGUCAGCCCUGAGCUGCCGCGAUGAUAUAUCUCAAUUUCCAAGUGAGGCAGGGUACUCUGGUUACCUGUUGGAGGAGCUUCGUUGCACAUGUAUGCAUUAGUCUAUGUUCAUUUUUGUGGACGAAUAAGGAAACUGGCACCGAGUGCCCUCUUUACAUUUUGUCUUUUAGAAAUUGCUAUGUCCUGGUUAUCACUUAUCUGCUAAGCCAUUCUGGGUUCUUUCACGUUGGAAAAGAUUGUCCACCUUCUUGGAGAUCUCGAUCUUUCUGCACAGCCCCAGUUAUUGUUUGGUGAACUCCCUGACUUCUUGCUUCUCUACUCGGCACUGGCUUCUUACAGCGACGCGCGCUAAAAAAAAAUAAAAAAUCGCCUAGAUGGGCUAGCCAUAAGCAAACUGGGCCUAAGCGGGCUAGGCGGUUGCAACGAUAGUGGGCCUACUAGGGCUGGCGGGUCCCGCCUUUUUGAGAACAAAAAAAUGGAAAAAAGAACUUGAAAUUUGUAUUUGCUUGGGCCUAAGCGGGUUAGGCGUAGCCCGAUCACGUCUAGGCGGUUGUUAGGAUGGUGGGCCUACCGGGAUUGGGUGUCCCACCUUUAAAAUGAAAAAAAAAAUGCAAAAAAUAAAAAUUCUGAAGUAGUUGUUCGACAGUUCGACCCUCUCUCUCAGUCUGUUGUGUUUUCAGUUUGAUUUCUGUUCUGGCUUUUCAGUCCGUCUGUUCUUUUAAUCUUCAAAGGUGGCGCCUUUCUUGCCUUGUCUC